AGUGCGCAUGCGCAGGACUCCGCUCCCUUAGCUGGGUCUCAUCUGCAUCCGGGUCCUCGGGCUUCGCCCUCCCAGUGCCGGCUGGGGUCGCUCGCGGGUUGCUGAGUGCUGCUGUUUCCCGCUGUUCCAGCCUCGGAAAAGCCGGAGAGUCCGCUGGUUGGAACUUCUUGUGUUGGAAGCUGUGUAUCACUAUAAUGAGGCUUGUGAUUCUUGAUAAUUAUGACUUGGCUAGUGAAUGGGCAGCCAAAUACAUCUGUAAUCGCAUCAUUCAGUUCAAACCUGGACAGGACAGAUACUUUACACUGGGCUUACCAACAGGGAGUACACCUUUAGGAUGUUAUAAAAAACUAAUAGAAUAUCACAAGAGUGGAGACCUUUCUUUUAAAUAUGUGAAGACUUUUAACAUGGAUGAAUAUGUAGGACUUCCAAGAAAUCAUCCUGAAAGCUACCAUUCUUAUAUGUGGAAUAACUUUUUUAAGCAUAUUGAUAUAGAUCCUAACAAUGCUCAUAUCCUUGAUGGAAACGCUGCAGAUUUACAAGCAGAAUGUGAUGCAUUUGAAAAGAAAAUAAAAGAAGCUGGAGGAAUUGAUCUCUUUGUUGGAGGAAUUGGUCCAGAUGGUCAUAUCGCUUUCAAUGAGCCAGGAUCCAGUUUAGUGUCAAGGACAAGAUUAAAGACUCUAGCAAUGGAUACCAUUUUGGCAAAUGCUAAAUAUUUUGAUGGAGAUUUGUCAAAAGUGCCAACUAUGGCCCUCACUGUUGGUGUGGGGACAGUGAUGGAUGCUAGAGAAGUGAUGAUCCUCAUAACAGGUGCACACAAGGCAUUUGCCCUGUACAAAGCAAUAGAAGAAGGAGUCAAUCACAUGUGGACUGUUUCAGCUUUCCAGCAGCAUCCCCGAACUAUUUUUGUAUGUGAUGAAGAUGCUACUUUAGAGUUAAGAGUUAAAACUGUGAAAUACUUUAAAGAUAGAAGCAGAGAGCAUCUCAGUGAUAAACUGUGAGUAGACAGAGUUCUUGAAUGGAAUUUUAUCCCUAUAUCUCCAAACCGUCCUCCAGAUUUCAUCGCACAUAUUAGAUUUCUUGAAGUUAAUACAGCAAUCCACAUUUCCACAUAUGCCAGUUUCAGUGUCCAUUUUCUAGUACCAGUAAUCCCCAAAUAGACCCUGUUGGUACCAGUCUGUCUGAUUUUAUCACAACUUGAUAUUUAUCAGACUAUUUUUACAUUUUAGUGAAUAUUUAGUUUAAUAAUAAUAGCCAGUACUUGUAUGACCAGGCAUUAUUCAAAAUGUAUCAUAAUCAUUGAUUUACUUAAUUCUUAUGGCAGUGCUAUAAAGUGAACUUUCAUAUACUGCCAUUUUCAAAGGAUUUAGUAGGCUUAACAGAUAGAGAUAUUAAGUUACUUACCUGAAGUCAUAUAGCUUAUAGUGGGCAGAGCUGGGUAACUGAAAUCAGAUACCUAGAAUUGGGCUUUUGUCCACAGCGUUACACUACUUCCCAGAAGAGGAAUGAACUGUGAAUAUAGUAUCAUCUAAAUCAAAUAUAUAUUUGUGUGCUUUUCCCCACACUAUAAUCAUUGCUUCUAGGAAAAAUAUAAGCAUAAGUUAGAUAAUUUAAUCUAGAGGAGAAGGAGGUAUUUAUGUAUGUUUAGUUCUUUUAGUGUUAUAUAAAUUCCAAGUUCUUCUGAAACAUGUUAAAGUGUAAACUGUUCAUGAGAGGAUAUUUGCAUUACCUGAAGAGUACCUUGUACUUUCUACUUUGGAGCUGUAUAUAUUUCUAAAGAGGUUUCAGAAUAUCAGUAUGUGUCAAAAAAGUAGAAUUUAGAUCUUAUUCUGGGCCAUAUAUAAGCCUUACUUUGCAGUUAAGUAUUUUGAUUUAGAGUAGAGUUAAUUAAAUACUCAAGAGUGUGCACAUAUUUCAAAUGUAGUUUUAUGUAUUUGGCAUGUUCUCACUGAGUUACUAUUAUAUCCCAUCAAAAAACUGGAGGAUACUAUUCUGGGUGUUGUUGCCUAUAGUUCUUCAAAUUCCAUUUACAAUACUACCUUUUCUUCUGUCUUCACUAAAAAAUGUUAACAGAGUUCUAAUUAUUUAGUAAAGGUUCUAAUUAUUUAGCUCCUGAAAAAGAUCUAGGUUAACUAAAUUCCAAACAGUAACAAUUAUUACUGAAUGGAAGCUUAUUUCAUAUGUACCUUUUGAAAGAUACAGGUUAAUCAUAAGAAAAGUUUAAUACUUGGGCAUUUUAUUCAUCUAAAGCUUUUUGGUAUUGCUUUUUAAUUAGAACUUAUUUAUAUUUGAGUUAGUGUAUUUUAUAACAUUAUUCAUGGUGAUGCAUUUUUUUUUCUGUUGUGUCCCUUUUAGGGGCCACCCUAUAGCCUGACAGAGGUAAAAUUUACUUUGUAAAUAAAUCGAUAUUUAGAUACUAUGACAUAACAUUAUGACAUAACAUUAUGACAUACAAAAUGUCAUUUAAAUACAAAUUAAUAAUUUUGUAUCAAGAAUUUACUUAUUUCUGUUUAUGACUUAAGUGCCAGUUAUUAUUUCUUUUUAUGGAUUUUCUUAAUGUAAAAAUUUGUCAGUUUUUACCUUAUUUCAUAGUAAAUUAUUAAAGAUUAGCUAGAAAGCAAUUAAUAGAAUUUUCAAAUUAAUUUCUAGUUUGAAAACAGCCUUAUGUAUAAAAGCUAUUUUCAGUGUGUAGUUACAAAAAAAAAAAAACUUUAUAAAGUAGUUGGGUUUUUAAUAUUUAUCUUGAUGUUUUAAGUUGUGUUUUAAAGCCACAAUGUAUUCUACCCAUCAUCAAAGUUGUUAGCAAAUAUAGAAAAUUAUACUGUACAGGAUGAUCCUCUACAAAAUGAUUCAUCUUCUAAAUUACAUAACUGAAAUUAUUCUUCCCUGUCUUACUGAAAUUGGACCUUUGAAGUGCUGAUUAAGCCUUUAAGUAGGCUGUUGAGAAGUUAACUUUCUUUUACUUUCAGUAGCAGUAGAAAAUGGGAUAUUACCUCCUUUCAGAAUCUCCUUUGAAGACUUCUCCUAGUUUUUUUUUUUCCCCCCUACAGGAACUCCUCUCAGGGUUCUUUGCUUAUACCCUAGAAGUGGGUCUCCCUCACAAUUUGUAUUUUAGGGUGCUUUGUUCAGCCUCCCUGACAAGAACAUUUCCUUACUUACCCUAUUUCCCCAAACUAAAAAUCUCAUUUUCUUUGACAACCAAGUUCCAAGUGCUUUUCCCCAGCCUCUGUGUUUAUAGUGACCUAGAAAAUUUAAAUGAUUUCCAAAGUAUAAAAUAAUCAGUUAACUGAUUCUGUCAAAGACAAUCUUCUUAGAACUAUUUCUUUUCAAAGAAAUAUAGUACUUAUGCCUUUAGACAUUAAUAACUAAAAGAUGCUACUUCUCAAGAAGCUUUAAUAUGUUAAGAAUGAUUCACAAGUAUAUUACAAAAUGAAAUUUAAACUGCUUAAAUUUAGAAUCUCCAUUUCUACAGUAACUUAGUGUUUAAUAUAGGCAUCUUCUGUACUGGUUUAGGAAACCUUUCUCAAUAUGUAAUGAUUAAUAUGUAAUCAGCCCUUUUCAUAAACACAUAUUUAUGGAGUAGAAAACAAUUUGCCAGAUGAAUGCAUAUGGUAAUAUGUUGAAGGACUAAAGCUAUCCUACUAUAAUAGUUCUCAGCUCCUCUCUGGAGUCUAGUAAAAGAACUACCAGAAGAUCAAAGUCAAUAAAAACUUUUAAAUGUAAUUAGAAUGUAUUAAUAAACAAAUUGUAUUCAAAUUUGGUAUCCUGACAGAAAUGCUCUGAAGAACUGCUCCUACUUCUGGCUACUUCCAAAGUACCUGUAUACAUUCUAGAUCUACAUUGUUUCAUUGAUAUUAUAAAUUGAUAUUUGCUAGGUAGUUUAACAUUUUGAAACAUUUUUUAGUUUUUCAAUAAACUUGAUUUUUGUAUCAAA